CUUCCGGGCCGGAAUCGAUCGCUCUGUUGCUGUCGUCUUUCUAUCGCCUGGCCCCCCGGUUCGUGUGUUAUAUUCGCACAAAGUUUGGUUUUCAUCUACGACGACAUUGCACCAGCUGAGCGCCGAACAACCGAAAUGGGGUUUAAUGUGACUGUCAACAGUGCUUGGAGGGCGACCAGGACGCUGUGGCUGCUAAUGCUAGUGAGCCUGUCUGUGUGCAUCUGUGUGUGCCGAGCAUCAUCACCUCAGGAGGAGGACAGUGCCAUGGAGAACAUCGUUACAGAGAAAAAAGCUGAGGAGAGCCACAGGCAGGACAGCGCGGACCUCCUCAUCUUCAUUCUGCUCCUCACCCUCACUAUCCUCACCAUCUGGUUGUUCAAACACCGGCGUUUCAGGUUUCUGCACGAAACUGGACUGGCGAUGAUUUAUGGCUUACUGGUCGGUGUGGUCUUGCGUUACGGCAUCCACGUCCCUCGUGAUGUGAGUAAUGUCAAUCUGAACUGCCACGUAAAUGCCAGUCCUGCCACUCUGCUGGUCGACGUCAGGGGCAAGUUCUAUGAGUACACUCUGAAACGGGUGAUCAGUGCUAACGAGGUGGAUGACCUGCAGGAUAAUGAGAUGCUGCGCAAGGUGACCUUUGACCCUGAAGUGUUCUUCAAUAUCCUUCUGCCACCAAUCAUAUUCCAUGCAGGCUACAGCUUGAAAAGGAGACACUUUUUCCGUAACAUGGGUUCCAUCCUGGCUUAUGCCUUUCUGGGAACAGUCAUUUCCUGUUUUAUCAUUGGGUUGCUGAUGUACGGUUGUGUGAUGCUAAUGAAGCAGGUGGGACAGCUGGGUGGAGACUUUUUCUUCACCGACUGUCUCUUCUUCGGAGCCAUCGUCUCUGCCACGGACCCCGUGACAGUGUUGGCUAUCUUCAAUGAGCUGCAGGUAGAUGCAGAUCUUUACGCUUUGCUUUUUGGAGAGAGCGUCCUCAACGAUGCUGUGGCUGUGGUUCUGUCUUCGUCUAUAGUAGCGUACCAGCCAGAAGGCGACAACAGCCACACGUUUGAGGUCAUGGCGAUGUUGAAGUCAUUUGGGAUUUUCCUCGGAGUCUUCAGCGGAUCGUUUGCUCUCGGAGUGGCCACAGGAAUCGUUACAGCUCUCGUGACUAAGUUCACUAAGCUGAGAGAUUUCCAGCUCUUAGAGACGGCUCUGUUUUUCCUCAUGUCAUGGAGCACAUUCCUGUUGGCUGAGGCCUGCGGUUUCACAGGUGUGGUGGCGGUGCUGUUCUGUGGGAUCACCCAGGCCCACUACACCUUCAACAACCUGUCCCCCGAGUCCCAGGACAGGACCAAACAGCUGUUUGAGUUGCUGAAUUUCCUGGCAGAGAACUUCAUUUUCUCCUACAUGGGUCUGACCCUGUUCACCUUUCAGAACCAUGUCUUCAACCCAAUGUUCAUUGUUGGAGCUUUUCUGGCUGUGUUCCUGGGGAGAGCUGCUAAUAUCUACCCUCUGUCUUUGCUGCUUAAUCUUGGACGACGCAACAAGAUCAGGUCCAACUUUCAGCACAUGAUGAUGUUUGCAGGACUUCGAGGUGCCAUGACCUUUGCCCUGUCCAUCAGGGACACAGCCACAUACGCCCGACAGAUGAUGUUUUCUACCACGCUGCUUGUGGUCUUCUUCACUGUUUGGAUUUGUGGAGGUGGCACCACUCAGAUGCUGUCUUGCCAGCACAUCCGAGUGGGUGUGGAUUCUGACCAAGAUAACUCUAUGAGUAUUGCAGAAGGUUCAGAGAGAAGAAGCACCAAACAAGAAAGUGCCUGGCUUUUCAGGAUUUGGUAUAACUUUGACCACAACUACCUGAAGCCCAUCCUGACUCACAGCGGCCCCCCCCUCACAGCCACACUGCCUCCCUGCUGCGGCGCUCUCGCCCGCUUCCUCACCAGCCCUCAGGCCUAUGAGAAUGAGUGCCAGCUGAAGGAUGACGACUCCGACCUCAUCUUGACAGACGGUGAUAUCAACUUGACCUAUGGUGAUAUUACGGUCAGUACAGAUGCCACAGGUGCCCACACAAGUGGCGGCCCGGCCUUUGCUGGUGCCACCUCCUCGGAGGACUUGGACCGAGAGCUAACAUAUGGAGACCACGAGUUGGUGAUGAGGGGUACGCGCUUGGUUCUGCCCAUGGAUGACUCAGAGCCACCCUUCACAGAUCCCCACAACCGCUUGAGAAUGUGAAGAAGAUGUCUUUCAAAGCAACCAUCCGAGUUAAACUGACCCGAGCCAUCAAGCAAAAGACCUGACCUGAGUCCGUCUUCACUCCUCCACUCUUUUUUUUAAAUUUUUUUAUCUCAUUUGCUCUUGCACUUUCCUCAUUCCUUUUGCUUUUUUAUACAUUUCUUUACAUCUUCUCACCUGUUCUAGUGGCAAAUCUGUCUCUACCUCAUUCUUGUUCUGCUCGUUUCCACACCCUUCUGGCAUCUGCCAUAACUGUAGUAUACAUUUAUUUAUUUGCAGGGUUUUUCGAUAUUCAGUUGAAAGUCAGUUUUUCUUUGGUUUGGUUUAAAUUUGUGCGUCAGUCACCUUACUGUAGCAUUGCACAGAGAUCUAGCAGCAUGUGUUAGUGUGUAAAUGCAAGUACCAACCACUAGCUAAUUUGUCUAUGUACAGUAUAAGAGUACUAUAACUUUGAUAUGCAUGCUGAGGAUGCUUGUUGUUUUCUUUGUAUGGAAGGUUGAGGGCUUUUGUGUUUUGGGUCUGGGUUUGAACGUUGCUGCCUUCUCUCUGUGCAUCACUUAAUGUGAUCAGAGGCAUGCUGACCCAAUGGAUGAAUUUACUGUACAUUCAGUUACAAUCAAGUGCCUGGGAAUUGUAGUUUUAAGCCUGGCAACCCAUACUGGUAACUUCAGGAUGGGAAGUCAUGCAGUUGUAGUUUUCCUUUGUAAAAAACAUAAAACCCAAAAAACAAAACAGACACCUCUGUCUAUAAGGUAGCAAUAUACUCAGUGGGUGUUUGGGCUGUCGGUUUGUGCUAUUUGCUUGUAAAUAAUGUGUACCAAUGUGAUGCAGUGUAACUUGGCAGCGUAAAUGUUGGAUCUCUCCCAAUGACCUUUGACUGUGACAUAGAGAGGGAAUUUACACCUUAUUUUAGAAGCUGAUAUUGCUCGUGGUGGAACGGAAGGCUAGUGUUUUGAAAACGAGAUCCAAAUGGGUUUUAAUGAAGAAAGCUAGUGCCAUUUCUGUCCUGCAUUUGGCCUUUUGUGAAUCCCAAAUGCAGAAGUGUUUUGUAUUCUUUUUCCAACAUAGCUUAAAUAUUUUAAGCCAAACCACAUUUGUCAUAUCCAUUCAGCUUUGUGCAUACCUUUUCUAUUACAAUCACUGCAGUUCUGUCUAGAAUUUAGAUCAAUAUGUAUAUGAAUGAACUUACUAUCAUAUUGGUAAGGGUACUUUUGACAAAUCAGAUACUUGUUUCUAUCUUGAUUGAUUUUAUACAAAGAGGGCUAUGAAAUCAGUACUUUAAACAGCAAAGAUGAUGAUUAUUCUCCAAGAUUAAUCAGAUAUCUACAGUAGUAGGAGGAUUGUUACAAUAGAAACUUUCAUUUAAAUGCUGGAUAAUUUUUCUGCUGUAGUAAAGUGUUAGUAGUGUGCUACCAUUUAAUGUAAUGGGCACUAAUAAACAGGAGUCAUAAAAAUACAUGUGAUUAAAAGGUACUAAUGGACGAACAUGUUACUUUUAGCUUUCACUCCACUGUCAGUGUAUCGUUCUACACUGUAGAGGCUAUUUUAGUGGCUGUACAAGAAGAACGGAGGGUUUGUGAUCUCCUUUGGGUGCUGAGUAGCAGCUGCUAAUGCGGGUUUAACAGGAAGCGUUGAUAGGACGUCACCAUGGCAACGUUGUGUUGAUGUGGACAAGAGCCUGAAAACAAACGUAACAUGGUGACUUAACUUGAACAUAACACUUUUGCUGUUUGGUCUCUUUGUAAGCCCGAAGAGAAAAAAAAGAUGUUUGAAAAUGGAUCUAACAGGAUGGUAAUGAGUUUAUAGAAGAAAAAAAAGUGUGGAAAAGAAGUGGAUAAAAUAAUGCUGGUGUUUGUGUGUGUGCUGGAGUUGAUACAGAGGUGGAAGAAAAGAGCUUUUAAAUAUAGCUUUUCCUUCCACAGUUAUCUUCUGCUGUGCAGGAACUUCUUAUUGAAAGUGUUUUUUUUUUUAAUCAGGCACACAUUGUCACUCCACAUGAAAUCCAGGAAAUGAUUUAUACUUUCCACCAUUUUAUACUUUUCUUUUGUGUUUUAUUUGAACAUUAUUUUGUAAAAGAGAAACAAUGAAGUAACAAAAGCUGAAUAAUUUGCACUCAUGUACCGAGAAUGUUUUUUUUUUUUCUUCUGUUUUAUGGUUUUGUUAUGUUUGUUUUAUCUAACAGCUUCUUUUAUAUGAUUUACUUAAUGUUUAGGAAGGUUGUGGAAAAAUGAGCAAAUUCAUAUCAGUUCUUUGAAUGGUGAAUUAUUCUUCAGUAGGAGUUUAGUUGGGUCAUUGAUCAGCUGUUGUGUUACUUCGUAAUGAAUCGUCAACAGUGUGGAUGGUUGAACAUCCUUUCAUACUGUUUCAUUUCCACUUCAGGUACUUUGUAUGUAUGUUUGCAGAAUAGCUGUUUGAAUGCUGUUGCCGUGAGUUCUACAAAGCAUGACUUUUAAUCUCAUUCAUCCUCUGCUGAUGGUGGACUCUGGGGGGGAAAAAAAAUCAAAAAAAUAAAUACAAGCAAAAGUGUGUGCCACUGUUCUUCAACUGACACAUUAAACAAUGUGAACUCUACAAACGCUCCUAUAGGUUUUGCUAUUUGCCUACUGCUCUGCCAGUAUAUGGUCUCUCUGUCCUCUGAAUGGUGAUUUGUGAUGGGCUUUGAUCAACGGAAACUUGUCUGAAGUAGCUGACCAAAGAGGCCUGCUGUGCUCCAUGUUUUCAGACAGUUUAUCUUUAUACUGCAAAUUCUCUGUGAGUGUGUGAGUGUCUGCGUGUGUGCUCAUGGUGUCUAGUGUGGACGGAUGUUAUGAAGUGUGAGUGUGUGACUGCGAGAGGAAGAUGUUGUGUUCUCUCUUUUCCUCUUGUGUUGCAGGUACUGACUGUUUACAUCUGUGUAAAUAUAUCUCACCUGUCCAUGUGCGUGCAACAGUCAAUAAACAGGAGCCUGUGCUUUUGAUUAAA